UUAUUACUGCUAUUGAUAACGAUGUAGAACAACUUAUAGACAUUUUAAUAAACAUUUAUUCUCAAUCAGUUUAAUGCUGCAUCCUCUCAUAUAUAAAGUUAAUCGAUUACUAUUAAUUAAAAAAAAUGAAAAUAUAAUUUUAUUUUUUUUUUUUUUCAAAAAUGAAUUCAAAGAAAAGAGUCUGUGUGAUUGGUAGUGGUGCUGCUGGAUUAUGUGCCUUGAGACAUUUAUCAUCAGAUUUGAAUUAUUUCGUGCCUGAAGCUUUCGAACAAACUGGAGAAAUUGGAGGCACUUGGAUUUAUACUGAAAAAAUUGGAGUAGAUGAAAAUGAUCUUCCAAUUCACACCAGCAUGUACAGAGAUCUUAGAUCCAAUGCUCCUUGUGAAUUAAUGAAUUUCCCUGAUUUUCGGAAAAUGAAAGCGAAUAAAGGAAGUGGAGUACAUCGAGAAAUACUUCUAUCAUAUUUACAUGAUUACGCUAAUCAUUUUCAAAUUCUUCAUUUCAUUAAGUUUUUUAAGAAAAUAGAACAAGUUCGAGCCGAAAUAAUCAAAUCUGAUGGCAAAAUUAUUACUACUUGGCAUGUGAAAAUAAAAGAUCUGAAGACAAAGCAAAUUGAAUUUAAAGAAUUUGAUGCAAUUAUGGUUUGUACGGGAAAUUAUUCACGACCAAAUAUGCCAAUUAUACAUGGACUUGAGAAAUUUUCCGGACAAAUUUUACACAGUCACGAGUACAGAAAACCAGAAGAAUUUACCGGUAAAGAUAUAUUAAUUUUUGGCUCUGCAUUUUCGGCUACUGACAUUGGAGUUGAAUUGUCAACUUAUGCCAAUUCCAUUUACAUGAGCAAUCGAGGUGAAAGAAUAACAAGUAAACUUCCUUCAAUUAUCAUUCAAGUUCCGGAUAUUGAACGAGUGGAGGGAAAUAAAAUUAUUUUCAUUGACGGAACUUCUGUUUCUGUCAAUGUUUUUAUGUAUUGUACAGGAUAUUUAAUGGAAUUUCCAUUUUUGGAUAAAUCCUGUGGUAUAACUGUUGACGAUAAUUUUGUCUAUCCACUUUAUAAACAUACAAUUAAUAUAAAUCAACCAACAAUGUGUUUUUUGGGAAUUAACAGUUAUGUAAUAACUUUUCCCAUGUUUCACGUGAAGGCAUUAUUUUUUUUAUACUUGCUAAAACAAAGAUUUCAAUUGCCUUCAAGGAAAAUUAUGUUAGAUGACGCGCAACUCAAAGGAAACAAAAAAAGACACGCUCACCGAUUAUUUCUUUCUCAAUAUGAUCUUUUUGAUUCAUUGGCACAUGAAGCUGGAUUCGAAUCAAUUCCACAUAUUUUCAGAAAGGCUCUAGAUCUCUGGACAAUUGUUCGCGAAGAUGACCUGUGGCAUUAUAAAGAUUAUAAAAUAAUUAUAACAGAUGACGAUUCAAAUGCUGAAAUCGUAUAUACGCCAUAAAAAUGUAAAAAAAGAAAAAUUACACGAAAAUAAAAAAUCCAAUUAAAAAUA